AUGGACGACGCGGGGGUGACGGUGUCGUACGCCUCGGGCGCGUACGCGACUGGCUUCGUGAUCCUGCUGGUGGGCGUGGUGCUGCCCAUGGUCUACAUGGUGCUGCAGAACAAGAAGGCGUUCAAGGCGAAGAAGAUCGCGUGGUUGAAGCGGAAGACGAAGCGGCCAGGAGAUGCAACUCGGCGUGCAAUUGAGAGACAACAAGAGGAGCAAUAUGCAACGUUGAGCUGCUGA